GGAUGUCUCGUUUCGAAGCUAAGAAGCCAUCAUUGUGUAAAACUGAACCAUUGACAAGUGAGAGAGUCAGGUCCACACUUUCUGUCUUGAAGGGAAUCCUAGCCUCAUGCUACGGCCCUUCAGGGAGGCUGAAGCAGCUGCACAAUGGCUUGGGAGGUUGUGUGUGUACAACCUCACAGUCCUCAGCCCUGCUCCGAAACCUUUCAGUCACCCAUCCAGUAUUAAAGGUCCUAACAGCAGCUGUGCAGAAUCAUGUGACCUGCUUCAGUGACUGUGGCUUAUUUACAGCCAUUCUGUGCUGUAACCUGAUUGAAAAUGUUCAGAGAAUAGGCUUGACACCCACGACAGCUAUUAAGUUAAACAAAUUCCUCCUGAGUUUCUGCACUGGUUAUCUCAAGUCUGAAGCCUGUAGCUGUCGAAUCCCAGUUGACUUCAGUAGUACACAUAUCUUCCUGGGCUUGGUACACAGUAUCUUAACCAGCAAACCUGCCUGUAUGCUCACCAGAAAGGAAACUGAUCACAUCAGUGCUUUGAUCUUGAAAACUUUUUUGCUUACAAUUCCAGAAAGUGCAGAAGACCGAAUCAUUUUAGGGAAAAGUAUAGUUGUUCCCGUAAAGGGCCAAGGAGUUACAGAUUCUACUGUAUUACCUGGACUGCUUGUUGAAAUGUCAGAAGUUCAAUUAAGGAGAUUAUUACCCACCCAGAAGUCAAGUGCCCUCAAGGUGGCACUCUUCUGUGUGUCUUUAUCCGGAGAUUUUUCUAAUGCUGGAGAAGGAACUCUGGUGGUCCCUUACCAAGUGUCCCUUGAGAAUGCAGUUUUAGAGCAGUUGCUUAAUCUGGGAAGGCAGCUAGUCAGUGACCAUGUAGAUCUUGUCCUGUGCCAAAAAGUUAUACACCCAUCUUUGAAACAGUUCCUCAGCAAGCAUCACAUUAUUGCCAUCGACAGAGUUGGAGUGGCUAUAAUGGAACCCCUGAGCAAAGUGACAGGAGCGACGCCUAUUGGUUCCCUAAACACAAUAGCUUCUUCUGCUUACGGAAGUAUAAAAGACGUGUGCUCGGCAAGACUUGGCUCCAAACAUUUUUUCCAUCUUAUUCCUAAUGAGGCAACUGUCUGCAGCUUGCUCCUCUGCGGCCGAAAUGACACUGCCUGGGAGGAGCUGAAGCUCACAUGUCAAACAGCAAUGCAUGCCUUGCAGCUAACAAUCAAGGAACCAUGGGUUUUAUUGGGAGGUGGCUGUACAGAAACACAUUUGGCUGCUUAUAUCAGACACAAGGUUCAUAAUGAGGCAGAAGAUAUUGUCAAAGAGGUUGGAUAUUCUCGAGCAGAACUCCAGAUUGCUGCUGAAGCAUUUUGCAGGGCUCUGGAGUCCGUUGCUGGCUCUUUGGAACACGAUGGUGGUGAAAUCCUCAUUGACAUGAAGUAUGGCCACUUUUGGUCAGGUCAAUCGGAUUCUGCUUCUGUUGUUCACUGGCCAGAUAUGCUGUCACGAUGUGGCUGUGGCUUAUACAACAGCCAGGAAGGACUCAGCUGGUCUUUCUUGAAAAGCACUCAUCAUCCUUUUGCACCACAAACCUGCCUUUCCCAGACAGCUGUGGGCUCAGCCAGUAACCUGACUGUGGACUGUUUCACUGCCAAGCUUAGUGGCCUACAGGUGGCUGUAGAGACAGCCAAUUUGAUUUUAGAUCUUUCAUAUGUCAUUGAAGAUAAAAACUAACAUAAUAGAAUGGCAUAUUUAUGUUAUGAAACAAGCUAGUUCAGAUGUCUAAGAAAAAAUGGUUAUAUUGUUCUCUCCCAAAGGCCUGUUCUGCAUAGGUGGACAGAUGAUUUAUGAAAGUAUAGACCUACCUACUUAAGGAAGGGUAUGGAUGUUAAAUAGAAAUUUAUAGACUAAUAACUCUUGAUGCCCUUGUAAUCAUCACCAUCACCCCACAUUUGAUGUAUGUCCCCUAAGAAUAUUGGAAUUGUCCUUCUACUUUCUUUCCAAGCUGCUCCAAUAAGGGAUGACCUGAACUUUUCCCAUUGGCGAGAUAGGAGUCUUCAUUUUUUGUCAUAGCCACUGUUCUUGAGUAUUUAGCUUUCCAUAAAACUUACUACUUUCUUGAUGUAACAUUGUUGCUCUCAUUUUAACUAUUAUAGAAAUUUGUUGAGAUGUUUUAAUAAAGUCAUUUGUGUUCCCUAAA